GGAUAACAUGCAAAAACCCAACCCUCCCAAGAACCUCUCCUCUCCUCCUUCCCCCUCCCAUGGAGCUCCUCCUGGCUCCCCUCCCCCACAUCCUCCCCAGGCCCCACCAAUUCCCGCCCCUACCCGCCUCCAGGCCCCGCCAUGGCCGCAUCCAAGAACCCAUCAUGGCGGUCGCGCAAGCUCCUCCUCUCGCGCUUCCAUUCCAAGAAUCAAGAAGCAGCUUCCAAGCCCCUCGCCACAGCACCCGGCCCCCCUCCCAAGAGCCAAGAACCCACCCGCCGCCUGGUCCUUCGCUUCGUAGCGAGCCCCGGAUUGUCUCGGAUACGAAGCUCAUCACGAUGCACUCCCGCGCCGGGCGCCUGGUCGACGCCCGCAAGGUUUUCGACGGAAUGGCGCGCAGGGAUCUGCUCGCCUGGUCGGCCAUGAUCGGGGCCUAUGCUAUCAGGGGCAUGUACAGCGAUGUCAGUGCGCUCGCAGUGACAAUGGUCAGGGAAGGGGUCAUCCCGGACAGAUUCUUGAUCACCCGGAUUUUACAGGCAUGUGCAUACACCGAGGACUUGGAGCUCGGGAUGGCGAUGCAUUCCUUGGCUAUUAGGAAAGGGUUCAUGGAGAGAACGAGGGAUGUGCCAGUCGGUAACUCGGUGCUGGCGAUGUACGUGAAGUGCGGAGAAUUGGGGCGCGCGCGUAGGGUGUUUGAGAAGAUGGGGCAGCGGGACUUGGGCACAUGGAACUCGAUGAUUUUUGGGUGUUGCCGGUCCAGUGAGUGGGAGGAGGCGCGGAGGCUGCUCCAUGAUAUGAGGCAUGAAGGUACAGAGCCCGGGGUUGUCACAUGGAAUACAUUGAUUUCGAGCUAUGCGAGGUCUGGGGAUCUUGAUGUGGCCAUGGAGCUGCUGGAGCAGAUGGAGGAGUCUGGAGUUGCUCCAGAUGUUGUCACCUGGACUAGCCUUGUGUCUGGGUUUGUCCACAGUGAUAGGGGGGAUGAGGCACUUCAGUGUUUCAUCCGGAUGCGUCUUGCUGGAGUCGAACCAAAUGGUAUGACAAUUGCAAGUGCCAUCUCAGCUUGUGCAAGUUUGAGGUUACUGAAUCAGGGAAUGGAGCUCCAUUGCCAUGCAAUUAAGGUUGGGAGUGUAAACAAUGUGCUCUCAGGGAACUCCUUGGUUGACAUGUAUGCAAAGUGUGGAGAAAUUGUUGCGGCCAAGAGAAUAUUUAACGAGAUACCCGAGAAGGAUAUCUUCUCCUGGAAUUCAAUGGUUGCAGGGUAUGCACAAGCAGGCUAUUGUGGCAAAGCAUAUGAGCUUUUCUGUAAGAUGGAGAGCCUUGGUGUUCGGCGCAAUGUGAUUACCUGGAAUAUAAUGAUCUCAGGAUACAUACGAAAUGGGGAUGACGAGAGAGCCUUUGAACUAUUCCAGAUGAUGGAAAGCUGUGGAGUAAAAAGGGAUACAGCUUCUUGGAACAUACUCAUUGCGGGUUCAGUGCAUAAUGGUCAUUUUGAUAGAGCCGUAAGAAUAUUCCGGCAGAUGCAAGCACUUCUGGUGCGACCAGAUUAUAUUACAAUCCUAAGUAUCAUUCCAGCAUUUGCAAACUUAGUUGCAUUUUGGAAAGUACGGGAGAUCCAUGCCUGCAUUUUUCACCACAAUUUAGAAAUUGAUGCUAAAAUUGCAAAUGCACUCAUCAAUGCCUAUUCAAAAUCCGGCGAUCUUGCUGGUGCUUGUGCUGUUUUUGAUAGGCACUCAUCAAGAAACAUUAUUACUUGGAAUUGUAUCAUUCUUGCACACUUGCUGCAUGGUUCUCCAAGUGAAGCAUUGGAUCGCUUCUGUCAAAUGAAACAAGAAGGUGUGUUGCCAGAUAAUACAACCUUGACUGCCAUAAUCAAGGCCUAUGGCCUCAAGGGCAAGGUAUCUGAAGCGGAAGAAAUAUUUUACAACAUGACGCAUGAUUACAACAUUGCUCCAGAUGUAGAUCAUUAUGCAGCUAUGGUUGAUAUUCUUGGCCGCUCAGGGAGAUUAGAAGAAGCAUAUGAGCUUAUUGAUGAGAUGCCACUCAUACCCAGUUUAGCAGUCUGGGAGGCAUUGCUUAGUGCUGCAACAAUUCAUGGAAAUGUAAGGCUGGCAAACCUGGCAGCAAGAGAGCUGGUUUCGAUUGAGCCCAGUGACCCUAGAAUUCAAAGGCUGAUUUAUAAUCUGCAGGAUCUGGCUGGAAAGUCUGUUGAUGUACCACACAUGAUAGUAUUCAACAAAGGAAGAGAGUUGGAAGAGGUUGAUAGCUGUUCAGUUGAAAUUGAGAACAAGGUCUAUUUGUUCUCAACUGGUGAUAAUUUUGUGUUAGAGCAUACAGUAGCUGAACUGAAAUCUAUUAUGGUUCAGAUCGGAAUCUCAAUGCUGAAUACCAGUAACGGGACUCCAGAUGUUGAAGAAGAGAAGGAAGAAUUAUCUGCAAUACAUUGUGAGAAGCUAGCAAUUGCUCUUGCAAUUUCAAAUUCCCCUCCUUUCAGAAGCAUACGGGUAAUAAAAAAUGUAAGGAUGUGUCGCCAUUGCCACACAUUUGCCAAGCUUGUUUCAGAAAAAUACGAGCGGCAAAUACUGAUCAAGGAUUCAAAUUGUUUGCAUAAGUUUAAGGGUGGAAAGUGCUCCUGUGAAGAUUAUUGGUGAAUACAACUGAUAUAAGUGGACCAAACAAAAGAUUUUGUCUUUGACCAUGCCUGAACAGUAUUACGUACAGUAAAUACACACAGUUGACCUUCUGAAUUGAUGGUGUUCAAUUUGUUUGAUAUCACUUAUGUGGUACCAAAGAUAUCUUGAAGAUUUCAACAUUGAUAAAGAAUGUUGACCACUCCGGAUAUUCUGUCCAAGAAUUACAUCUCUAGAUUCAGGAUAUCUGUUCAAGAAUUCUGUCUCCAUACUCCAGAUUAAACAAAAAAAGAAUACUUACUAAUCUGUGGUAUCAGAAAAGGAAAGGCAUUCUGAUUGUAUUCCCAGCUUCAGCAAGGCUGCCGUGUAUGGAUUGGGACAGUUGAUUACGCUAUGGUAUUACUCAGCACCUUUAUACCUGGUUCAGAACCAUGGAUGUGGCAAAGCAUUGAGAAUUAUCCUUCAAAUGCUCUUCACUUUACACUGCUGUAGCAAAAUAGGCAACCUGACUUAGAUUUACGUAGUACCAUAAACAUUAGUGAUAGCGUGGCUAUAAAAGAUAUUAGCUACAUUCAUUUGGUUCAUCCAAUAUGGAACAGCAUCCAACUUCCCAUUUUGAUGACACGAUCUGAUAGGAAGUCUGGGAUACUUUGCUCCUUUGCGAUUGGGCUAUAGUGGGCCAUCAGCCCCACACCAGACUGACCUAAAUUUGAGGUGAGGAUUGUGCUCACAUUUAUAGUAACGACUGGAGGCUCGAUCUUGCAGAAUUGGAAAAAGAGUGUGCUUAUAACAAGUAGUGAUGAAAAGAAAUAUUCUGUCCAGAGAAUGCUCUUGCACAAUCUAUUGUUAAUUUGAGCAUCGCUGCACCUGAGAAAUAGAGCAUUGAUUUCAUUGAUUAUAUUUUUGACAGUUCUUGAGUUGUAGGGCCCAUAUCUUGUAUGAAUGAUCAGAGAGUCCACUUGUCCUCA